AUGUCUGGAAGUACCGGUAAUUCUGUUAGCCACGGUGGUCUGGCUGGUAAAAUCAAGGGAGCAGCCAACGUCGUGCACGGUGUCGGUGACCAGAUCCGUGGCACUGCCAUGGGCUCCCUCGGAGACUCUGACCAAGAACAACACGCAGCGCUCGCUGCCUCCGGACGCAAUGAAACCUCCCAGGGCAUGGGGCAGCUCUCCAACCGCCCCACUGGCAGUACCAGCAUGGGCACCGGUCCAGGUCUUGGUGCGGGAACGACCGACGUCGGAAGGGGGUCAGUGGGAUCACAGCCCUCGGGCGACAUGUACAGGUCGGGGGAUGCUGCAGCGUACUCCGACGGUGCUGGGGCGGGAGUGAAUGACUCAAACUACGGGCAGGGUGCGGGAGCGGGCACGGGUGCUGGCUAUGGUUCGGGAGAGGGUACAACCUACGGUUCGGGAACAGGUGAUUCGUAUGGGCGAGAUGCAAGACCUGGUCAGGAGCAGCAGUUUGGGACGAGUGUGAGGGGCGCCGAGCCACAAGGUUACGCGGGUGGGGGAAAUGGUGGAUAUGUCCAAGGCGGUCCUACUAACAGCACAACGACGACGGGGCAACGGCCCCAGGAUAACUUCCAGAGGGACAGGUUCUAA